AUAAACUCUAUAAAGUGGGACAAAUGUGGAAAGUUCAUAUUAUCUGGAGGUGAUGACCGGUGUGUUGCAAUCACAGACGUAUUUUCUGAUGCUCAAGAAAAAGUCCUUUUUCGGAAAGAUUUACGGGCUAUGAGUAAUGUAUUCACUGCGAAGUUUGUACCAGACUCUUCCACAGAAAUGAUUUACGCGGGGUUUCGCUGUGGAUGCGUCGUACGUGUUUCUGUGAACGGUGGAGUUGAUUCAAAUGAAAGUCAACUUUUUUUCUGUCACAAGAUGCCUGUUUAUGAUAUUUUGACACCCCAAGACCAGGAAAAUUGCUUAUUAACACUUUCUCAUGAUCGCACUGUUCGUUUGUGGGAUACAAGGAUGCCUCAUUGUAUCGGUCGUGACAUGCAGCCAUGCGGUAGAACGUGUUUCUACGGUGCCAUCAAUUCAGCGUCAUCCGCUCACUCUAGACUCCCACUAAUCGCGCCGACACUAAAGUUUGAUUUUCCUGUAACUGCUGGUGAUAUUCAUCCCAUUGAUGGUUCACGGUCCAUUGCAGUAGCCAGUGCAGAUGGUUUCGUGCGCUUGUUUGAUAUGCGGCUAUUAUUUUCUUCGUCAAUGGACUCCCUCGCCAUUGGUUCCAAGCAAAUGACACCCCAUCCAUACCAGAUCGUUCGUCCACUUGGUCUUGUUAGUCGAUCGAACGUCUCACGUGAGAUCCGCCUUGACUAUGGACCGCUCUUCAUAACUUCUGUUCGAUUUGAACCUCCCCACUCACCCUUCCCGAUGACCUUCAGGAGGAAGUGGCGUCGCCUCAAGCCGCAGUAUCCCGGUCGCCGACUUCUCGUCAGUCACAUGUACUCGUCCGUCUUCCUCUUCGAUUUAGACAGACUUGAAGAAAAAGUCGAAGAGUUUUCAAGUGCUACCGAUCAAGUUACGCAAUUUGACACUUCGCAUACAGAGAGGAUAGAUGAAACCAACCUUCCUGUUCCGGAGACUGCUGAAACUCCUGUGGGGGAGACUACACGUGACGCUGUCAAUCCGAAUGCAGUUUUCGCAAUGAUUCUCAUUGGAAUGAUGGCGAGGCGUCGCGCAAUGUUAUUGGAGCAAAAUCGUUUGGAAUCCGGACAAGCGAUUUCGGAGGGCGUUGUUGAAGUGGAAUCUGCCAACGAGACUGAAAAUAACCGUAGCAAUAAUGGGCCUUCUAGUCCUACUAAUGCACAAAGUGAAGGUGGAGAUAGGAUCGCACCAUUCGACUUUGCUUCUGAUGAAAUGAUUGCUCGUGUAUUAUCUUCCUGCCCUCGGGCACGACAAAUAUCUUCGUACGCUGGGCAGCGUUCGAUUCGCACUGUGAUUAAGGAUUCGUGUUUUUGGGGCGAUGGAUACAUCAUGAGUGGAUCGGAGUGCGGUCAUGUCCUGGCGUGGGACCGGUUCACUGGUGAGCCUGUUAACGCCAUUAAAGCCGAUUCUUCUGUCGUGAAUCGUCUCGAGGCCCACCCUUUUCUCCCUUAUCUGGCUGUUAGCGGCGUGGAUCACAGCUUUAAAGUUAUCCAACCGGCACCACUGCCGAUCGAUGAAAUGGACGAAAGCCUUGCCGAGCAGAUUCGCAGGCGAAAGGCUGAGGCCGUGCAGCUGGUGGAAAGUAACCUGGUGAGAACUCAGCAGGCCGUCGAAAACACCGCCUCCUUACGUGAACAGCUGGCGAGCUUUCGAAUCGGUCGAAUGGCGAGAUUACUUCUGAGUCAAUUGGCCGAAAGGAGAAGUGGGUCUGUUCAGCGGAACGAAGAGGACGAGACUGACGAUGCACCAUGA